UGCAGACUGCUUCUACAAACAUUUGUGAAAGAUUGGGUCGCUCUCAGGAGCUCAGUGAAUUCAAGCGUGGGUACUGUGAUAGAUUGCCACCUGUGCAAUAAGUCCAUCUGUGAAAUUUCCUUGUUACUGAAUAUUCCACGGUCAACUCUUAAUGGUAUUAUAACAAAGUGGAAGCAACUGGGAACAACAGCAACUCAGCCACGAAGUGAUAGGUCACGUAAAAUGACAGAGCAGAGUCAGCGCAUGCUGAAGCGCACAGUGCGCAGAAGUCGCCAUCUGCACAGUCAAUAGAUAAAGACCUCCCAACUUCAUGUGGCCUUCAGAUUAGCACAGAAACAGUGUGUAGAGAGCUUCAUAGAAUGGGUUUCCAUCGCCGAGCAGCUACAUUCAAGCCUUACAUCAUCAAGUGCAAUCCAAAGCGUUGGAUGCAGUGGUGUAAAGCACGCCGCCACUGGACUCUAGAGCAGUGACGACAUGUGACCUGCUGUGACCAAUCACA